AUGGAACACGGAGGGCGGCGACGACCGUCCUGGGCAACCAGAGGCGGCGUUCAAGUGGCGCUGCUGAGCUUGCUGCCCAGGGACCUGAGGGCAGCCCGUUGCGGAGCAGGAGAGCGCGCUGAUCUUCACCUCCCCCGCCACCGCACACAGCUGGGGGUGUGGGGUGUCGCCCCGGCCUCCGCGCCUCGCCCGGGCGUCUUCUCCGCGCGCGCCCGCGCCGCCCCCGCACUACGCCCGACAGUCGCCGGGCAUCUUUCGCCCCCACCGGAGGCACCCCCAGGAGGCGGCGCACGGGCGCGACGCAGCAGCAGCGCGCCGAUGAGUCAGUCGGACGCGAAGCGCACCCGGCCCCGGCCGGCCGCACUGGAGGACAUCCAGUGCGGCCGGGGCGGUCCCCUGGCCGUUAUCAUCGAGGAAUUGCCGUCCAGUUCGCGCAUCGCGUUGGCGGCGACGUCGUCGGCGAUGAAGGCUCUCGUGAUCGACACCUGCGGCGAGGACUUGUGCUCAGGCGACGACAUCGCCUAUCGAGGAAAAUACAACGCGUACACGGGCCCGGGGGGGCACGACAAAAAGUACUUCUUCGUGUCGAGGAAGACCACCGCCUCCGGAGUCCAGUACAACGCCCACCUCACCUGGCAAUGGCCCGGGUCUAGGCCCAGAAAGCUCAGGCAGGACGCGGUCACGGGACCGCUGCGCACGACACCGGCGGAGGCCGCCCGGGACGCAGACUGCCUGCGUGUCCUGUACGCCGAUAUCCUGGAGGAGAAAGCGAGUAAGCGCCUCUCCCCAGGCGACAAGUACAACUUUGACAUGCCGUCCUGCCUCAAGCUAGCGCUGGAGAACGGGCAGGACCGCGAGGAGCGCGAGCAGACGUUGAGGAACGUCAUCGUCCCAGAUGCGGACAUUGGCCGCGAGAAGGCGAAGAAGAAGGCGAAGAAGAAGGCGAAGAAAGAAGGCCACUCUUCGAGGUUCACGGGCGUGAGCCACCGCGAGAAGCGCGGCCACUGGCAGUUCGUGGUUUCACUGACCCUGCCAGGGGGCAAAAAUAAGCACAUCGGAAACUUCUCCGACGAGAAGUACGCUGCCCGGGUUUACGACCAGUGCGCCAUCAAGGCGAAAGGGAAGGACGCCCAGGUUAACUUCCCGUAUCGCUACAAGACGGACGAAUCCGGCUUUCACUACUUUGUGCCGGGGGUGUGCGGCAGCCUGAGCACCACCUCUUUCGAUCGCUGUCGCCAGCUGGCCCUCGCCUUGGGCGCUCGGUUCCCCCCCACCUACGCGGAGAAGGAUGGAAAGCUUGACAACCUCAAGGAGGAGCCCGUGCGCGACAUCGACAUCGCCUCCAUCAAGGACAACGACGUGACGUUUACCACCACCGAGGUCGGAGGCAGGGAGAUCACGAAGACGCUGAGCAGCGCGUUUUUCGGCACGCAGUAG